AUGGCGGCGGAGCGCGGCGGGCUGGAGGCGGCGGUGCGCGGCCGCCUGCGCGGGCUGCGGGAGCGCUGGGUGCGGGGCAGCCGGGAGCGGGGUGCGGCGGCCGCCGAGCCGGGCUCCGCAGACGGCGCCGAGGAGGCGGCGGAGGAAGUGAGCGCCCUGCAGGCACUGCCGAUCGACGUGCAGCUGUAUAUCAUGUCCUUCCUCUCUCCCCAAGACCUGUGCCGCUUGGGGUGCACGAGUUGUUACUGGAGGGUGGCUGUGCAGGACCCCCUGCUGUGGAGGAAUUUUCUCCUGCGGGAUCUCCCGAUUUGGACAUCUGUUGAUUGGAAAUCUCUCCCAGCCGCAGAAAUUUUUAAUAAAGCCUUUUCACAAGUCAGCGAUGAAGCCCUGUAUGAUUAUAUGGCAGCAUAUAAAAAAAGCUGUCCCCAGACCAGAAGAAGUUUGAAAUCAAGCCGCCCCCGCUAUGGUGCAGUCGCUUCCUUUUUGCAAUCGCUGGUCACUCAGUCAGAACCUCGCUUUGCUAUGUUUGGGCCGGGUUUGGAAGAGCUGGAUGACUCUUUAGUACAAAAGAUGAUGACGUGCCCAGAAAUCCUGCUAGUGGCUGGCUUACCUCAAAGACGAAUUCAUGGAAUUGGAUCAGGAGUCAGUUUUCAGAUGAAUAAUAAUCAAAAAUUCAACAUUGUGACGUUGUACUCAACCACCAGUGUGGAAAGGAAGAGAGCGAGAGAAGAACAAGCUUCUGUUGUGAAUAAGAUGUUCUACCAGCAGAACAGCACUGCAGGGAAUCAACAAGCUGUGCAGUACAACGUAAUAGCUCAAGUUAAAAGGGUGUGCGAAGUAGUUGAUGGAUUCAUUUAUGUUGCUAAUGCAGAAGCUCAUAAAAAGCAUGAUCGUGAGGAGGAACUGGCUCAUAUUUUGGCUAUGAUUGAUCCAGCCCUUGGGCCUCCUAACAGACCUCUGCUAGUUCUGUCUUGUGUCUCUCAUUUUGGUGUGGAAAGGAUUCCUUGUGUUCAUAUGGCACAUCAGCUGCAACUAAAUCUGCUACCUCGACCCUGGAUGGUGCAGGACACUGUAGCUGCAACUUUAAGUGGAUUGCUAAGUGGAAUUGAAUGGCUCUUGGAGGAAGCGGAUUGUAAAAAUGCACAAUAGUUGAACUUAUUUUGUUUUACUGUAUAGAGACUUCUGUGUUUUAAAAUUCACACGAAAUGGGAAUGUCAUCCUGAGUCAGAAAUAUCAGAAAGAAGAUUUAAAACAAAAUAUAGAGUAUAUUUCAAUGCACAUAAAAAAAAUUAACAUUGUUAAUUAGAAGAACAAGUAAGGGUUCUUGGGUUCCUGCAGCUGAUGAAGAAUUGGCUUCAUAAAGGUAUCUGGGUGUUUGGUUGUUUUUUUUGUUUGGUUUUUUUUUGUUUUGUUUUGUUUUGUUUUUUUGUGUUAGUUUCUUCUUUGAAUCUAGGGCCUUCAUAGUGCAAUCUUUCCUAAGAAUAUCUGAUAAUCUAAUCUUUUCUGUAAAUAUACCAAACACUAGGUUAAUUUAUCAGCGUAGUCGCAUUGCACACAUCUCGCCUUUAGUUAUUUUAUUUAGUUAAUAUAAAUUCAGAGAGAGCUCAGCAGUGACAGUUGUCUGACCAAAGAAAAUACACUACAUUGUUAUCUUGCUCUUGGCUCAUCUUUUGUAGGUUAACAGAUAAAUAGUAUAUUUUUCAGAAUAACAUAUUUCUCUCCUUUUUUUUCCUUCCCCUGAAGUAAUUAACUCUGUGAUAAGAAAUAGUGCUUAGGGGAGAAUUAUCAGAAUUUGCAGAAAUGGACAAGUAAAAUCCCUUCUGUCAGUCACAUGUUUCUUGUUUGUCAUCUUAUUUGCCAGUACACCACAAAACACUUAAGCAUCUUCAACAUUCUGCUGCAGAUAAAUUAGUUUAAACUGACAUACAUGUUGCCAUGAAUGAAUAUUAAGUGGAAUGAUUAAUCUUUCAGUGCUCAAGGACCUGUCAGUUACUCAAAUAAUUGUUGCUAUUUGCAGAUGUGAAAUAUUUGACUUAAAAUUUUCUACACAGUUGCAAAUAUUUUUGUAAAAAGGGAAACAGCACUUCAGAUCUGGAAUGGUAGUAUUUUGUAUUGUUGUCUUUUGAGACAGUUCUGCUUCUGGUCUUCCACCUUUUAAACAAUUUUUCACAGAGUCACAGAAUUGUAGGGGUUAGAAGGGACCUCCAGAGAUCAUCGAGUCCAACCCCCCUGCCAAAGCAGGUUCCCUACAGCAGGUCACACAGGUAGGCAUCCAGGCAGGUCUUGAACAUCUCCAGAGAAGGAGACUUUUUUUUAAUUGUUGAAUGAAUAUUCAGAGACUUCCCUUAGCUUUUUUUUUGCCUAUGAAUGUAUUUGUUCUGUUUUGUUUGUAGUUUAUUUUCUUUACCUUUCUCCAUAGAAAUGCAGUCGUCUUGAAAAACUUUUUAGUGCCUAGAUAGAUAAAUGGCUACAUGGUGUAAGUACAACUAUAACUACCUUUAUCUGGUAUGUGUUUGUGCUUAACACAGCUAUUUCAGGAACAUUCCAUUUAGGAAUUAUCCCUCUCUCUCUCUCUCUCUUAAUGAAGUAGUACAAAGAUGGAAGUGUUGUCUUACUUUCUUGCAUAUUUAUCCUGUAUUAACUCAGUUUUCUGGACUUUACCCUGACUUCAUAUCCAGGCAUGUUUGGAGUAAAAAUCUACGGGAAGCCAUACAAUACUAAUUCUGCAACUAACUCUGCUUUGAUAGAGUAUGUGUACUUUGUCCUCUGAGGUAGGAUGCAAAACAUGGAUAACUGGAGAAAAAUUUCCACACAGUGGGUGCAUGUGAACUUCCUGCUAGUCACAAUAAUUCUGUAGUGAUCUGUCUACUUGAAUGCAGCAUCCUGAUUCUGUGUUAGAUACUAUGAAUGUUUGUUUCUGUCAGAUCCUCCUUCUACUUUCUAAAAAAUAAAUUAUUUUUUUUA